AUGGGAAAGAUUAAGGUUAAUGUUGAUGGUGCAAUCUUUGCAAGUGAUGGUCGAUUUGGAGCGGCAGGGGUGGCCCGGGAUUCUCAGGGUCGAUUCAUUGAAGGCUUCACAGUUUUACGAGUGGGGUGUGUGGAUUCGGCUAUGGCUGAAUUGGUAGGGGUUAAGGAGGCCUUGAGUUGGAUAAAGAGGAAACAUUGGGGACCGGUUGAGAUUGAAACCGAUUCUUUGGUUGUUGUCCAGGCAGUCCAAAGCACGGUGGAGAUACCUUCUCCUUUUGGCCUUCAGGUGGCGGUUUGUCGUUCUCUUUUGGCUGAUUUGCCGCCAGUCUCAAUUAAUUUUGUUAAACGUUCUGUAAACAAAGCUGCACAUUGUCUUGCUCGUAGCUCUUGUUUGUAUCCAGAUCGUAUUUUUAGUGAGGAUGAUGUUCCUCUUGAUUUUCUUUCUAUUUUAAUGGUUGAAUCUUCUUAUUAA